GGAGUUGAUAGCACCGCGCUUGCGCAGUGCGUCUCCCCAGCAACCAGGCGGGUCCCGGCCGGGCGGAGGCCGCGGCGGAGCCGGGGGCUCGCGUAGAUGUGCAGCCCGGGGCGGGCGCCGCCUGGGCCGGCCCCACAGGGGGACCUGCCGCCCGAGUGGGAGACGGACGACGAGCGCAUGGCUUUCCUCUUCUCGGCUUUUAAGCAGAGCCGCGAGGUGAACAGCACCGAGUGGGACAGCAAGAUGGCCUUCUGGGUCGGGCUGGUGCUGGCCCGCGGCCGCCGCCGGGGCGUCGUACGGACCUGUCUGCGGGAGCUGCAGAACGGCUUCGAGCGGCGGGGCAGCGUCCCGCUGGGGCUCGGCACCGUCCUCCGGGAGCUGCUCAGACGUGGCAAACUGCAGAGGGAGUCGGACUUCAUGGCCAGCGUGGACAGCAGCUGGAUCUCCUGGGGAGUGGGGGUCUUCAUUCUCAAGCCCCUGAAGUGGACUCUGUCCAGUGUGCUGGGUGACAGCAAAAUCCCCGAGGAAGAGGAGGUCCUGAUUUAUGUGGAGCUGCUUCAGGAGAAGGCAGAGGAAGUUUAUCGCUUAUAUCAGAACUCUGCGCUCUCUUCUCACCCGGUUGUUGCCCUCUCAGAGCUGCGUUCCCUCUGCGCCAGCGUUUGUCCGGACGAAAGGACGUUCUACUUGUUGCUGCUCCAGCUGCAGAAGGAAAAGAGAGUCACGAUCCUGGAACAGAACGGAGAGAAGAUAGUGAAGUUUGCCCGAGGUCUUCAUGCCAAAGUCUCCCCGAUGAAUGAUGUGGACAUCGGAGUGUAUCAGUUGAUGCAAAGCGAACAGCUGCUGUCACAGAAGGUGGAGUCCCUUUCCCAGGAAGCAGAGAAGUGUAAAGAGGAUGCCCGGAGCGCUUGUAAAGCUGGGAAAAAACAAUUGGCACUGAGAUGUUUGAAAUCCAAACGGAGGACGGAAAGGCGCAUUGAAGAGCUUCAUUCCAAGCUGGAUGCCGUGCAGGGGAUCUUGGAUCGUAUAUACGCCUCGCAGACUGACCAGAUGGUAUUUAGUGCCUAUCAGGCUGGUGUGGGAGCUCUGAAGCUGUCCAUGAAGGAUGUUACUGUGGAGAAGGCAGAGAACCUGGUGGAUCAGAUACAAGAGCUCUGUGAUACUCAAGAUGAAGUAGCCCAGACUCUGGCUGGAGUGGGGAUCAAUGGUCUAGAGGUGGACACUGAGGAACUUGAGAAGGAGCUGGACAGUCUCCUGCAGGACUCGACUAAGGAGCCUGUAGAUCUGCCUCCCGUUCCCCAGAAGGUGCCGAAUCCACCCAUUUCUGAUGCUGAGCUGGAAGCGGAGUUGGCGAAGCUCUCUGUUGCUGAUGGAGAUUUGGCACAAAAGACUCCCUCGGCUUCCUCCGAAGCCCAAACAGCUCUGGGACUGAAUCUCUAAAGACCCAACAGAAUCCUGUUGUUGCAGUUUGAGAAGUUGUCUUAAAAGUUCCUUAACUAAUGACUAGGACUUGUGGGGAGAGGAGCAACGCUCCCCUGUUCUUCAUGGCUAUCACUUCGCUCAGCAACAGGAUCUCUUGCCGUGACAAUCCACUCUGGAACUGGCCCCAGCUGGUGUUUGUCAUCUCUGUGCCAACAUCUGUGCCAACAUCUGCGCUGGUCUCGGUGUGACUUGUCCCAAAGUCACUCUGCGACAUCCAGUCUUCCCUUCUGGGAACCCAAGUCACUCCUCUGCCCAGUGAAGAUAAACUCUAUGUCCAUAACAGUGCUUGGUUUGGGCUUUAUUUUAAUUUUAUUUUUCCUUUGCUGUGGCUGAUGUUGAGAACCUGAGUUGCAGCGCUGUUGCAGUUGCUCAACAUUUGGCUGUUUGUGUGGUUGUUUAAAACACUUGGCACAUAACUCAUGUCAAGGACGGUACUUAUCUGCAACGAGCUUAAACAUCUGUUAAUAGUUCUCUCCCUCCCUGUCUGUAUUUUGCACGGUUGUGGCCAACUAGACACUGUAACUGUUAAAUUGUAGGAGAUUUUGUUGCUGCUCUAGAGGGCAGCAAUUGCAAGCACAAGACAAAAGUAGAUCCUCUUUCUGUACCGACACUAAGGCCUUAAAAGGGAGACCUGCAAAAGAUUUGAGGUGGAGUUCCUUACGCUGCCUGUUGUGAUGGGGGCUUACAGUCACUGUAACACAAUUUUCUGCUUGCUCUUAAUUGAAAUUGGAGCUGUUUGCUAUUUUUCUAUCUUCCCCGUUUGCAAAACCUGGUGGGAGCUGCAGGCUGAUCUGCUUUGAGCUCUCAUUGAGUGAUUUGGGGUGGGAGGAGAAGGGAUGCAGCGUUUUCCCUCUUUGAGAGGAUGGGUUUGUAUAACAGCCUUGACUUGGCCUUUGGUCUUGAUGCUGCAAUUCCACAAGACUCCGAGUUACCAGAAAGCCCCAAAACAAAACCCUGUAAAUGUUUCUAACGCAAGAAAAAAGCACAGCAAGCGAAGAUGUUUUUUAGAGUCUCUUUCCCCAUCAGAAGCGAGAUCGCCAUCUUUUGCAGGUCCCUUUUUUAUUCUGCGUAUGCACAUGGAAGAACAGAAAGCCUGAUAGCGAAUGUGAAUAAAUGAAUUCUUUCAGAGGGGAAUGUGCUGUUAACUGGGCUUUCUGCACCCAGAGCCUGGCCAGGGAGCGAGGAGCAACAUGUCCAUGUAACCAAUCCUCCUCCCCGACUCGGAAUGUAUUCCCAUCACCAUCCACCUCUGCCUCCGUCGCUCCAGCCCUGCGGAUGCCAGCUUGGGUGAGCGGUAAAUUAGGGCUGGAGUUAAUUAUUGACGACCCAGCUUUAGCCCCAGAGGGCAGGGGAAGAAAUGAGAGGUGUCACUAGGGUGCUGUUGGCUCUGGCUUCUUUGUCACUUUGGUCACGAGAAGGUGCGCGCUAGCCUGGCCGCUUCCCCGGGCUGUGCACGGGAUUAAUGUGAAAUGACUUGAAGCUCUGUAUUCCCUUCCUUUGUAAGUAAAUGGCAGAAAAACCACUGUUUUCUGCCUCCGUGUAAUAAAGGGGAGGAACCGGA